UCGUCUUAAAAUGUUGCUUAUUUAUCAUGUACUUAGUACUUUCCCAAUGUAUUGUGGAAAACUAUAUUCUAGAAUUCGUAAACAUGAAAUUCCUCGAACAGCUCUACACGGUAAGGAGCUGUGAGAGGCUGAAACUUUCGUACUUUUUUUUGUUAUGAAACUUGUUACGAAACUUUGGCGCGGGAUACCCGUUGUUACCUUAUAAUACGCGGCUGUUGGUUAGUAGAUCUAUUUAGUCAUCUAGUGUUUAGUGUUUACACUUUUCUUCCGCAUUUUCUCGACCGAAAAGUGAAAGAAGACACACUACUGUGGCUUACAAUAAUUUGUUCUCAUCAUUUACCAAAGUGUCGAGUGAAUUUCUGUUACCGCAAUGCAAACCAGGAGCAGGUCUGGUUCAGGGCUGAGAGACUCCAACUUCAAGUUUCAACUGAAGGCGAAGGGUGUCAGUGUCCCAAUCUAUAAAGUGAACCUUGCUGCGAGUGCAGGGGAAUCAGAUCUUCCUCUGUCUCGUUCUCGUAGUCGUAGUAGUAACCGAGUGUCUUCAACUUCAACCUCACCUGGUUCUGGAUUUGGCAGUGGCAGAGACAGGAUGUUUGAUAGUCGUGAUAGGAGAGAAGUGGAAGGCAAGAAGGCUUUUGUAAGUGUGAGUUCUAGAUCUAGAAGCACGAAACGCCCACUUUACCAAAUCCACGGAGAUGUCUCUCAGAAAGCGAGAGCGGAACUGGCAGGUGAAGGUGGUGGUGUGGGAACAAGACUUGGUAGAGGUUUGUUAAAUAAAAGACGGAAGGUCGAUUGGAGUAUGUAUAAUUCUGAAGUACAGGAAAAAUCCAGUUGUAUUCUCGAUAGUGAAAGCAAAGAAAAUAUCAGGACCAAUGUAAGCGGCAGGAAUUCGGAUAGUACGAAUAAUGUUGAUCAACUGGCAUUCAAAAACAGUGAUCAUGACAAAUGUGGCACGGUAGAGAAGGAUAAUAUCGGUUUUGUCAAGGUUGCUGAAGAUGAAUCUGAUAUUUCAGACGAUGAAAAUGAAGAAUCUUUAGACUAUGUUCGUAUGCGUGAAGCGAACAUGAAAGCAAAUGAGGAAUUCUUUGCUAGCUUGGGAAUGGAUGAAGCCAAAAAACAGCUUCAGGCCUCGGCACUGAACAAACCUGAGAAAAAGUACACUCCUACUCAAAAAGGGCUAAGAAUUAAGAAGGAGCCAGAGAUGAUUGUCAGAAGGCAAAGUAUGAGAAUUCGUCGUAUUGAUCCGAAGGGAACUCCUUUGCCAGAGCCUGAGCCGGUUGAAGAAAAUGUGGCCGAACCACGACUGCCAGACGGGCCUGUACCCAUGAAAGACUGUAUUUUUUCGAAAGCAGAAAACAUCACAGAGAAAGAUGUUACAUCAUUUUCGACUGUCAUCUGUAAACAGACUUUGGAUGGGAAAUCUGCCUCAUCGAACAUUACGUCCCUGACAAAGUCACUGAACAAAGUGUGCAUGAAUGAAAACAGAGUUGCCAAAGUUGUGCCAGGCAGGGUAUUCUCUGUAUCAUGGCACCCAUCGCCGUCAUGUUUGUUAACCGCUGCUGGUGACAAGUAUGGCCAUGUUGGUUUAUGGAAUGUUGGGAGUAGUGGGAGAGAUGAUGUUGAAAGUGUGUUGGUGUUCAAACCUCACAUUAAGCCAGUCAGCCAUCUCUUCUUCCAACCAGGUCAUCACAAGCUGUUCUCGUGUAGUUAUGAUGCCACUCUCCGAUGUGGAGACUUUGAAAAAGGCGUGUUUGACGAAGUUUUUUCAGUACCAGAACAAAACGAUGACUUGCUUCGCAAUUUUGAUUUCAUCGAUGACGGCAACACAAUGCUUGUGUCUCAGUAUAGCGGCAUGGUUUCAAUGGUGGACACUAGAACGCCGGGAAGCUCUGCAGAGCACGAGUAUAACGUCAGCAGAAAGAGCCUUCGAACAGUCAGCGUUCACCCAGUCGAUCAACAUUAUUUCAUCACUGCUGGGGUGGAGGCAAAGAUCAACUUGUGGGACCUUCGUAACAUCAACGCUAAGACACCCAAACCACUCCAGACUUUGUCGCACCACACCAAAGCAAUCUCCAGUGCUUAUUUCUCUCCAAAUGGGGGCAAAAUUCUGUCCUGUUCCUCCGAUGAUACAAUUGUUGUGUCUGAUGUCGGGGAAGGAAUACGCCUGAAGCUUUCAAAAAGCAUUCGCCACAACAACUGGACAGGGAGGUGGCUCACCAACUUCCGACCCACAUGGCAUCCUUUCGUGGAGGAUGUAUUCGUGACGGGCUCCAUGCGGCGGCCUCGUGAGAUUGAAAUUUACAACACCAAUGGAACUUUGAUCAAAGCCUUGCAAAAUGAAGACUACCUGGGCUCUGUUUGUAGCCUGAAUGAGUUCCAUCCUCAGCUGGAGUGUGCUGUGGUCGGGGCCAACUCCAGUGGAAGACUUCACGUGUUCAUGUGAAAUGUGUGUUGUCUUGUACAUUAGUGUUAUCUUAUGAACCCAGCUGGGUGGAGCAUGCCGUUUUUACAAAUUGUUGAUGAUGUGUAAUCUCUAUGUCGGACCUUUUUGUUUUCAUGAAGAUAGUUUAUUGUCAAAUGAUGUAAGUUUGAGAUUUGUUUGUGUGAGAAUUUUUUACUCUUGUGGUUCAACUUAUCAAAAUCAAGUUGUUCUAAACUUGGCUAAUUUAACUGAUUAUAAUGUAUUCUUUGGAAUAUUUCUUCUUUUAAGUACCAUACUUUUACUUUUAGUAUUUCCACAGGAAUUUUAGGAAGGGGGGGGGGUGCAUUGUGUUUAGUCAUGGGAGUAAUGCUGAUUUUAAGGAAUCUCUAGAUACAGUAGAAUACACGGCUCUAGGGGGACUUUUGGUUCCAGCAGAAAAAUCCCGCUGUAGGCGAGUUCCUGCCGUAGGAAUACAAAGGGGAAAUUACC